CCUUUUUCUCUUCUUCCUCUCUGUCUCUCCCUGUCUCUCUCUUUCUCUCUCUCUCCCUCUCCUUUUCUCUAUUGCCAUCCAAAGGGGAGGGUUGGGUCUCCAGGGCGAUACUCUUCCCUCCCUGUCCAACAAAUGGGGAAGAAGAGUAAAGCUUCUCCUCCGCAAUCGCUGGACCUUGACAUUGAGAAGGGGCCGCAAUGCUCCUCCUUCUCUCCCCGCCACCACCGCCACCACAAAAACCAAUAUGCUUCAUCCCCUCCUCUUCCACCGCCACCAGCCGGCCCAGAUCAGUGGUUCCCAUGGCUGAUCCCCCUAAUAUUCAUGGCCGACAUCGCCAUCUUCGUCUAUACCAUGUAUGUCAAUGACUGCCCCGCCAGAGAAGGGAGCCGCUGCACUCUCUUCAACCCCCUCGGUCGCUUCUCCUUCGAGCCCUUCAAGUCUAACCCAAUGCUCGGCCCUUCAAUCUCCACGCUGGAGCAGUUAGGCGGCCUGGAGAGGAAACUGGUGGUGGACAAUGGCGAAUCAUGGCGGCUUGUCUCCUGCAUAUGGCUCCAUGCAGGAGCCCUGCACUUAGCCGCUAACAUGUUGAGCCUGAUCGUCGUAGCAAUCAGUCUAGAGCAAGAAUUUGGCUUCUUGAAGAUUGGAGUUUUGUAUGUGCUUGCUGGUAUCGGGGGAAGCUUAUUGUCUACUCUCUCAACCAGUAACGGCUCGAGCAUAUCUGUUGGGGCAUCUGGAGCUCUGUUUGGCCUGCUGGGAGCAAUGCUUUCCGAGCUCAUCACGAAUUGGACUAUUUAUGCUAACAAGUGUACGGCGCUCAUUACUCUGGUGAUUGUGGUUGUCUUGAACAUGGCUAUCGGAUUACUGAUACCUCAUGUAGACAACUCGGCUCACAUUGGAGGGUUUGUUGCCGGGUUUCUUCUUGGAUUCGUCCUUCUAAUCCGUCCCCAGUAUGGAUACGUGAGCCGGAGAUAUAUUCCUGCUGGAUAUGACAUAAAGCGGAAAAAAUCCAAGCACAGGGCUUAUCAGUACAUUUUAUGGGUCACGGCCUUACUGUUAAUAGUCGCCGGAUUUUCCACGGGAUUUGCAAAGGUGCUCAAUGGUCAGGCGAUCAAGAAGAUAACCUUCUAGAGACUGAACCGGAUGCUCUCUGUUUGAUAGCUUCUUACUUAAAGAGAAGUAGCAGGUAUUUUUAUCGGAAAAUUGUAAUUUCUCCCCAUUUUCGAAGCCACGAAUGAAAAACGACCAUCGUCUCCUGUCAAAUUAAGGAUCCUCUAAGCAGAAGCACAUAUGCAUAUCAAACAAUAAUAUACUACUCAUAAUAAUAUACAAACUAUGGAUUAUCUGUGCGGUGCAUUAUGGAUAUUGAAGAAUAUGAUGUGCUGCUAGAUAGCACGAGUCUAUUAUUUCU